UCGCGUGUCUGUUGUUGUUGUUGUUUGGCGAGGAAGGUUGGUGGUGGUCGCUGCGCUCUUGGUGUGGCUAGGGCCAGCGUAAGCGAGGUGCCACUAGCGUGUCCACUGAGCUGCGGCGCCUUCGCAAAAUCCAUCAACGCCAACUUUUGACGACACCACAUCGACAACUAACCACACAGCAGUCAAAGUGCGUAUACCUGGGUGGACUGCUGUUACUAUACUGACUAUAUCCCAGAUGGUCGCCGCUAAGAAGCAUGUCCCGAUCGUCAAGAAGCACCGCAAGCGCUUCAACCGCCACCAGUCGGACCGCUUUAUGUGCGUCGACCCCUCAUGGCGCAAGCCUAAGGGUAUCGACAACCGCGUCCGCAGGCGGUUCAAGGGCCAGGCUGCUAUGCCCAAGAUCGGAUACGGCUCCAACAGGAAGACCCGCCACAUGAUGCCCAGCGGCCACAAGGCCUUCGUCGUCAACAACGUCGCCGAUGUUGACCUCCUCCUCAUGCACAACCAGACCUUUGCCGCAGAGAUCGCCCACGCUGUAUCAGCACGAAAGCGCAUCGAAAUCAUCGCCAGGGCGAAGCAGAUCGGUGUCAAGGUUACCAACGGCAAGGCCCGCGUCAAGACCGAGUCGUAGAUGGGUGCGGAUUUUCACUUUGGGGCGGGGCAUACAAGGCGUCUCUCUGAUUAGUUAUGAUCUCAAUGGGAAGGCUUUUCAUCCUCUUCGGCUCACAGUACCCUUCGAUACGGUAUGGGGAGAGGCAUGCACUUCAAAAAGCAUUGCGACAUGUUACUGCGGAAUGACCAAAGAUAUCAAGGGACAGGAGCAGUAGGAAUGCAAUGAAAAAACGAGCCAAAA